UGAAUCGCACAUAGAGCGAUCUUCACCUGCAGAACUCCGAGAGCAGAACUCGAAGCUGAAGAGGAAUGCCAGUUUUGUGCUUUUGUUUCUCUGACAUCAGUCGUCGGGACUCCAGAUGAAAGCGUCUUUUCCUCGCAGGAAUGUAGUUUGGAGGGCGGAGACUCGCAGCAACAUUACAUUCUGCAUCCAGAAACUGUGAAAUAUGGACACUGCCAUGAGAACAGUGGCGAUCGUUCGAGCUCGUUCAGCUCUAUUCAUGACAGGAUCCGAGCACUGUACGGCGCCAGGAACGGGACCGGAGAUCACGGAGAGGUGGAUGUAGUUGUUCGGGAUCCGCGGGUCACACACAACACACGGCUGGAGUUUACGCGUUUUGUAGCGACGCUUGUUCUUUGUUGAGAGAUUGUUGUUGCGUUCUGCCUGACUGUUUUCAGAGGAGAGAGUCGCUCUUCAUUUCGGCCACUCUUGUUUCUUGGGCGGGACGAAGAGAUAAAUAAAAGAGUUGAGCAUGAGGAAUAACGAGGAGACUGAGGGCUUUGAUGGCGAGGCCUCCAACACCUCGAUGAUUUCAGGAGUCAAUAGUCCGUAUCAGCCGACCACCGAGCCCGUGCUCUCCAGAAACGUGUUCAGGGCCAUCAGGUGUGACCGGGAGUACCUCAAGUCACAUUUUGGCAUUUUAAAAGUUAUUGAAGUGGUUCUGGCUCUCAUCUCGUUCAUCUUCAUUGAGACCAUAAUGAUGUGCUCGCCGUGUGCCGGCGUCUACCUCUUUGAGUUUGUCAGCUGCAGUGCCUUCGUUGUGACUGGGGUCUUGCUCCUCAUCUUCAGUCUGAACCUGCACACCAAAGUGCCGCACAUCAACUGGAGUCUAACAGAUUUAAUCAACACUGCCACCAGCACCUUUUUCUUCUUUCUGGCUUCAGUGGUUUUGGCAGCUCUCAACCAUCAGUCUGGAGCAGAGAUUGCAGCUGUGAUUUUCGGGUUCCUGGUGAUGGCAGUGUAUGCCCUGAACACGUUUUUGGCAUUACGGCGAUGGCGCCUUGGGGACUCUCGCGAUGCACCCAUGCAGACCAGCGAGUACAUCCGGGCCAGGACAGCGUCUCGUGGAGAAGUGGAGUCUCGGCCUGAGCUACAGUGAAGAUCACGUCUGCAUUCCUGUCGCAGUGUGUGCUUUCAUGCUUAGUGAUGGAGUCUGAUGACUGGCUAUUCAGGAUGAACAAACCUCAUCUUCAGCAGCCUCAGGCCAUCCUUAGUUAUAUACUGUAUCUUUCCGCUAAUGAAGGGCUUUACCUUACCAUGAUCUGGAUAAUUAUUGACUGAAACUGUGCUCCCGAACUGCUCCCAAAUGGCUAAUAAUGGCUGCAAUAAAACAGAGGAAGCUGAGUCACCGUUUGAAGGCUUUCAGUUUAGCUCCAUCUCCCGGCUGCCUGUAUGAAAGCAGCACAACGGUGUAGACAUUGCGUCAGAUCAACAAUCCUAAUUUUUAGACUGAUUUCGGGUGUGUUCACACUUGCAGUUUGUUUUUGUUUGUUUAGUCCCGAUCAAAAAGAUUUGGUGUGGAGUCUUGGUUUGUUUAGCAGUCACAGGGUCAAUUUUAAUAUCAGAAUCCAAAGCCAAAAAAUUUCAAAAACAAAAUUUAUGUUUGUAUGAUGCCUUGUGGAAAAGCUGAAACACCCUAUUCAAUUUCACAUUGUCCCUAUCAGGACAUGGAACAUUAUCUAAUCUUUGGCAGGUCCUAAAAUUCUAAAAAUAAAAUCUCACUAACUUUUCAUUUGGCUUAGUCCCUAAAUUAUCAGGGGUCGCCACAGCGGGAUGAACCACCAAUUACCCUGGCAUAUGAUUUAUGUGGUGGAUGCCCUUUCCGAUCUCGGAUGGACAACAAUAUACAGCAUCCACAAAAAAAAGUCAGGAACUUCUUAUAAAAUGGCUGAACUGAUAAUCAGCAGAAUGUUUAGCAGUUUGUUGGUCUGGAGACGUCAGGUGUGUGUGACCAGAACAUUUAUCUCACAGCUACAGCUUAGCCAAAACUGGGCCAUUUAAUAAGACAAUGACUACAUUUACCUGGACAUCAGUAAUCAAAUGAUUUGCUUUAAUCUGAAUAAGACAAUAAUAUGAUUAAGGUGUUUACAUGAGUUGCUUUUUGAAUAUUAUACAUAUUAUAGCAGAUAAUUGCAUUAGUUUCAUGUAAUUUUGGGUGUUUCAUUUUUAGUUUGUCGACUUUAACUGCAGUUUGGCACUUUCACUUUCAUUCAGGAACAUUUGGAUGAAGAUCCAAUACAAUGCUGUGUGUAAUGUGAUUGCAUUAUUAUCAGCUGAGAGCUCACGAAGACCUUACAAAGUGUGUAAAAUGUCAAAACAGCAGCAAACGUUUCUCCACCACAGAAACAAACCAAGACCUACAUGUUAUGAGUAGAAGCAUUUCCCAUCCCCGUUUUGAACUGUAACAUGACAUCAUGUCCUAUUUUUCUUUGUUUAGUUGCAUUUGUUCCAUAUUGUGUUCAUUUAAAAGUAGGUUGAGAUCCAUUUUUAAGUGGAUUUGGUGCACUUGUUCAUACUUUUUCAAAAUGAGCUGCAUUGACAGCAGAAUUUGAUUUAAUUGAACCAAAUCCACCAAGUGUGAACACAUCCUUUAAGGGAUAGUUCACCCAUAAAUGAAGAUGGCACCCAUUGACUUCCAUGAUAGAUAGAUAGAUAGAUAGAUAUGGAUGGAUGGAUGAGUAGAUGGAUGUAUGAGUGGAUGGAUGUAUGAGGGGUUGGGUGGGAUGGACAGACUGACAGAUAGAUAGAUAGAUAGAUAGAUAGAUAGAUAGAUAGAUAGAUAGAUAGAUAGAUAGAUAGAUAGAUAGAUAGAUAGAUAGAUAGAUAGAUAGAUAGAUAGAUAGAUAGAUAGAUGGAUGGAUGGAUGGAUGGAUGGAUGGAUGGAUGGAUGGAUGGAUGGAUGGAUGGAUGGAUGGAUGGAUGGAUGGAUGGAUGGAUGGAUGGAUGGAUGGAUGGAUGGAUGGAUGGAUGGAUGGAUGGAUGGAUGGAUGGGUGGAUGGAUGGAUGCAUGGGUGGGUGCAUGGGUGGAUGCAUGGGUGGAUCAAUGGAUGGAUGUUUGAGUGGAUGGAUGGAUGGAUGGAUGGAUGGAUGUUUAAGUGGAUGGAUAGAUGAGUAAUUGGGUGGGAUGGACAGACAGACAGACAGACUGAUAGAUAGAUAGAUAGAUAGAUAGAUAGAUAGAUAGAUAGACAGAUAGAUAGAUAGAUAGAUAGAUAGAUAGAUAGAUAGAUAGAUAGAUGGAUGGAUGGAUGGAUGGAUGGAUGGAUGGAUGGAUGGAUGGAUGGAUGGAUGGAUGGAUGUUUAAGUGGAUGGAUAGAUGAGUGGUUGGGUGGGAUGGACAGACAGACAGACAGACAGACAGACAGACAGACAGACAGAUAGAUAGAUAGAUAGAUAGAUAGAUAGAUAGAUAGAUAGAUAGAUAGAUAGAUAGAUAGAUAGAUAGAUAGAUAGAUAGAUAGAUAGAUAGAUAGAUAGAUAGAUAGAUAGAUAGAUAGAUAGAUAGAUAGAUGGAUGCAUGGAUGGAUGUUUGAGUGGAUGGAUGGAUGGAUGAGUGGUUGGGUCGGACGGACGGAACAGACAGACAGACAGACAGACAGACAGACAGACAGACAGACAGACAGACAGAUAGAUAGAUAGAUAGAUAGAUAGAUAGAUAGAUAGAUAGAUAGAUAGAUAGAUAGAUAGAUAGAUAGAUAGAUAGAUAGAUAGAUAGAUAGAUAGAUGGAUGCAUGGAUGGAUGUUUGAGUGGAUGGAUGGAUGGAUGAGUGGUUGGGUCGGACGGACGGAACAGACAGACAGACAGACAGACAGACAGACAGACAGACAGACAGACAGACAGACAGACAGACAGACAGACAGACAGACAGACAGACAGAUAGAUAGAUAGAUAGAUAGAUAGAUAGAUAGAUAGAUAGAUAGAUAGAUAGAUAGAUAGAUAGAUAGAUAGAUAGAUAGAUAGAUAGAUAGAUAGAUAGAUAGGAGUCAAUGAUAAGGUUCAUUUUGGGGUGUACUAUCCCUUUAAGUAAACUCUCUGACUGAAGUGGAAUGAGGAUUUGUGUUAGUGUCUAUGAGCAAAAACUGAGGGUAUUUAUGUUCCCAUAUCAAACACAUCAGUAAAUGGUUCACUGUUAGUAGCACCAGUAUUUAUUUUAAUGUUAUUAUUAUUAUUGUUUUGUAAUACUACAGCUUUAGUCACUACGUUUGGCACCAAAUGUGGUAUUUCACCUUGUGAAUGUGACUCUGUUGAAUCUCACAGCAACAGCUUUCAAAAUUGGUGUGUGUUGGUGGGUGAAGGGGUGUGAGUUUUACGAAGGUUUUAGAUAAUAAUCUUUAGAUAUGACCAAUGUUUAAAUGCUUAAUUGUGUGUGCAUAGUCUAUUGAUUGCCUGAAUUUGUAGUUUUUUCUUUGUGUGUGUGUGUGUGGUUAUUUCUGUAAUCCAUUUUGUACCGUCCGGUUAUCUGUAUAUAUCGACUGAAGCAGUUUUUGAAGAAGGUGUAUAUAUUGUUUAUGAAGGGUCCCUGUGUUAAUGAAUUUUUAUGACUGACACUAAUAGACUGUAAUUGAAGGAACAAGUGUACUGCAGUACAUAUGAAUGCUUUAGCUAAACUCUCUCUAUUUUUUUUUCUGUGUGCCUUAAUUUUAGAGGCUUGACUGGUCGAAACGCUUAGGUGUGCGAAUUCAACUGAAUGAACCAAUCUUGGGUCAAAACGAGUGCUUAUUGAACCUCUAAUGAAUCUUUUUAAAUGAGUGUCAUUGAACAAAAACAGGGGGGAAUGCAUUUUCAGUUGUACUUUGUUUCCCUAGUAAUGGUCAUUCCUAAUAUUCGUUUGCAUUCACACUAGAGUCUUACUCUCUGAAGUUCUUAAAUGAAAUCUCGUUUGCAUCUGACCGAUGUUGAAAUGAAAUGAAGUAUUUUUGAGGUUAUUAUAGACAUUGAUCAACACUGUGUGGGCUUGAAAAGACAAUCAAUAAGAAUGAUUGACAUCUUAAUGAAGGACUUUGCGUUAAUGUGCUGAAGUCAGAUCAUUUUUUUACUCUGUUUUAAAAGCAAUACUAUGGGCGUAUGCUUUAAUAAUGUCUUAGAGCUUUCACUGUGCUUUGAUUCUGUGCUAAACUUCAUCUUGGAAGAUUUUAGCAUCAAAAUAAUUCUGUGUUUUGACCACAUGGCUUGGACUGUAUCUUUAACUCACAGAUCAAUUGUGUAUUUUAAAAGGAACUAAGUUGAUAUUUUGAGGGACUCAGAUUUUGAUAAUGAUUGUACCGUUUCUCGCUGAUAUUUCCCGUGUUCAAGAACACAAUGUUUAAUUCCAUGUAACAGUGCUAUAAAUUGUAUUUUUGUAUUUAUGGAUUUGUGCGUAGACUUACUAAAGGCUAAUUGUUUGAACAUAUUUGUGAUGGCAAUCUUUUCCUCAAAUAAAUGGAUUUUAAUAAACUGUUGAUUGAUAAAUUAAAAUAAAAAAAGCACUUCUGCUUUGGUGUACUUAUUUAAAUGUGUCAUAAGUGAGAAUC